AUGUCCCAAAGAAACGGUUGACCUUUCUCUGCUCACAAAAUCGCUGAUCUCCCUUCCGGCCUUCCGAGCCGAGUCGAGUCACCACACUCAGGAGGUAGUUUUCUCGUCUCAACACAACAACUUAUUAUCAUACAUACCGUAGUGCUUCAGCUUUAGCCAAAACUAUCAUCCUUCAAAUCAAUUUAUUACCAUGAAGCUCUUUGGAUCCCUUCGAAUCGUCUCCUUAUACCUCUUGUUGGUGUUGGCAUCCCUGCCACAGGGCGCCGAGUCUUUGAACUUUCUCGUGAAUUACAAUGCCACAACCAUGUGGCUCUACAACUACUUUCGAGCCUAUUUGUGCACUGAUUAUUUUGGGGAAGAAUUUUGUAGUGGAUUGGCAAGAGAGGAAGACAUGGACAUUUUGCCAGAAACAGAACCAGAAAACAAAAACCCCACGAGCGACAAUGCCAUGAUUGCCAACUCGUUUGGGAACACCGCAAACACCAAUGACAUUGAUGAUGUAGGAGGCUUCGCGGCAUUCCGACCCAAUGGCGGAGGCCGGAAUAGAAGAAAUCUGAGAGCAUGGGACCAUUGGUUUGUCGCUCAUUAGCAAACACAAACAAAAGAGUCAAGCCGAAGCCUAUUCGAAGGUGACGAGGUUUUUGAAGUGUACAGUGUUUUUGUCUUGGAUGAUAAUGAUAGAGGCUCCUUUCCAUCAUUUUGGCUGACUGAGAGGCCUUGAACGAGAAAUCCAAUCGGAGUGUGGCAAUGGAUACAGGUACUUUGUGUUGUCGAGGCGAGAAACAGGUACAUCGAAACAGCCCUGCAAAGUGCGGCGUUCAAUCAAUCAGCAUAAUGAUACCUAGUAGAUAGACAAACCUUUCAUAACUCACGUUUUCAAUC